AUGACGUCCCUACAGAGCUACGGCGGCCUGAGGUCGAUAAAGGCCAACGACUCCGAUAAGGCAGGGAAACCGCGAGGCAAGGUGGUGAAGCCAAUACUGAAAAAACUAUCACCCUCGGAGAGGAGCUCGCUCGACCUGGACCGUGGAUGGGAUGAGCAAGACGAGCCGUAUCGAAGCAGCGCAUGGGACGGUGGUCCCACGUCCUUCUACGCGUCAGGGGUGACCAACAGAUCGGGCUCAGCCAAGGACGUGGGCUUUGCCUACGCCGAUGUGGCAGUGGGCGGCGGACGACGAUAUCACCACUCGCGCUCCAUCAGCGGGAACAGCCACAUCUCAAUCGCGACUUCUGGCAGCGGGAGCGGAGUCGGGCCUCGGACGGGCACGACGUUUGUGCACCCAUUUCAGCAGAUUCCACGCACCGCGACCCCUCCACUGUCCAUGUCCUACGCAAACUCGCAGGCCUCCUUUGCUGACCGCGACUAUUCGCCCACAAUCACCGAGGCGCAAGACGAUGACGAUUACGAACUCGACCCUCCUUCGAGCCAUAAUAGCUUGCAUAACGGCAAUAGCAGUGGCGGCAUCCUUUCCAGCUCCCAGCACCAGCACCAGCAACAGCAACAGCAACAGCCGUCGAACGCAGCUGUGUACUCCCAUUCUCAGCCGAGCCUGAUCAGCUCCGCUACUCAUCCACGCCGCCCGUCGCUGGCAAGCCAACGAACUUCAUCGUACUCUGAUAGCGCCAAGUCACACAAUGCCCUGCGAAUUAACACCGGGAUGAGGUCAACAUCUACUACCCCGGCGCAGUCCUCACGCCUAGCACAUGUCUCCAGUCAAGCAGAGCUCAACUUGCAGCUCGAACAGGAAUCACCAGGCUCGAUAAAUGCUCCACCGUCGACCCAACGCGGCGUUGCAUCACCUACCAGUCCUGUAGCGUCCAUGUCACCCUUUUCGCGGUCGUCCUUUGAGGCCGUCGGAUUCCCACGGCUGCGCGCCAAGUCCGACCUCGAUACGGCCACAAGGGCAGAACAUCUUCGCGAAGCGAGGCGCAAGGUCCUAGCCAAGGAACAAGCAAAAGAAGAAAGACAAGCACAGAAGGAGAUCCGGCAGCGGGAGCGUGCUGACAAUAAGCGAGCUCAAGAAGCUGAGCGGAGGGCUGCUGCUAUACGGAAAGAGAGGGAGGCUGCCAGACGCCAAGACGAGAUAUCUGCUCUGGCCGAGGCCAUGCCACCCAAGAGCAAGCAUGCUAGAAAGAUCAGCGGGACCAGCAGUGGCCGGCCAAGCACUUCACAUAUGCGGCAUCCGGUGGAAUCCGAGAAGCCUGCAAGUGGGAAUCACGACACAGUAGAAACCAGCAGUCCACCGUUUGUCAGCCAAGCUGGUGGCGGUCGCAAUGUCUCCUUCCAGUCCAGCAGACGCACAAAUACUGCGAAGAAGAAGACUCACGGGGCCUGGACGGCCUUCAUACUGUGGCUCAGGACAAGGUUGCUUCGUAUGGGCAGCGGGUGA